UCCGGCCUAGGCCUGGCCAAUGGGAGGCCAGACGGAAGUGCAGGCUGGGGAGGGGGGAGGUCCGCUCUGGGCCGCCCACUCCAUGGUGCCCGCGGCGGCGGCGGCGGCGGGCUGGCGGAAUGGAGCCCUCCGCGGCGAGUGGCCUCCUGCAGCAGAUCCUGAGCCUCCGCGUGGUGCCGCGCGGCAACUUCACUUACAUCGCCUGCCCCAACGCCCUCUGCCACUUCUCGGAGAUGUGGUACGGUGUCUUCCUGUGGACGCUGGUGUCCUCCCUCUUCUUCCACAUCCCCGCAGCACUGCUAGCCCUCGUCACUCUCCGGCGGCACAGAUACGGCAAGUUCAUGUCGGUGAGCAUCCUGCUGAUGGGCAUCGUGGGACCCAUCACUGUGGGGACCUUAACAAGUGCUGUGAUUGCUGGAGUUUACAGAUCUGCCGGGAAGGAAAUGGUCCCUUUUGUGGCCCUGACUUUUGGAGUGGGACAGACCUUUUGCGUGGUGGUGAUUUCCUUCUUACGGAUCCUGGCCACGCUUUAGCAUCAACUUGGAAUUGGAGGCCAACAGGAAUAGACUGUGCAGAGUCAACGGAGCAAAGAGGUCCAUAAUCCGCAGGGAAGUAUUCUGGCGUAAGUCCCACGAGAGUGAACAAGAGCUACCUGAAAAGCUUGUGUUCAUUUCACUGAGGCUUGUGUGGGAGAAGUUUUGGACAGUGCCCCAAAACAGCUUUCUUGCACCAUGUGCACCUCCCUGGCUGGAGAGGCCCUCUUUGGGAAGGCAACUGAGGAUUCUGUGAACAGACGCACACGUUUUCCAGGCCCCGAGCGAUGUCGUGGCACAGCUGUGAUUGCUUUCUAAUUGUGCACAAGGCAUCCUGACGGAAUCUCCCUGUUGAGAGGAAGAUGAAAGCAAAGAUCUGGCCACCAAGCCUGGAAGGUCUCCCCUCUGGCUCUGCUGUUGAACAAGCUUUCAGAUUUCCCGACUGAAACAGAAGCCAAUUAGGCGUUUACGUUUUGUAACACUUUUUGUCACCUUAAGUGCCAAGCGGGGGGUGGGGGUGGGGGGCGUU